AUGGCAGAAUCACAGUUGUCCAAACUUGAUGUUAAUUUACAGAGCUUGAAUCCCUACACGUUCUCAAAAACCCGGUGUAUUGUCAACCUUCACAUAUCUGACGAUACCAAAAACAGAGAUCCAUCUACGACUAAUGGCAGCUAUUCCAAUUCACAGCUGCUUUCCAAUGGCGAACAUGUCUGCUAUCACUUUUCCCAGGACUACUGCGUGCUCUCUAUCUACCCAGUGACAGACGCAAUCACUGGGAAAACGGUUGUUGUGCACCUGCCGCAUGAGACCUUUAACGACCAUCAUACCUUCACCAUGGCGGAAGAAGAUGGCUGUAUUGUAAUGGACCUGAUACUGAAGACGGGCCUGUUCCUGACACUCCGCUUUUCCCUUGAGUACCUUUUCAAUCGGAACGCGGACAUCAACAGCUCGUGGUACUCCCUGUUAAAACCAUACGAUUUCACAGUUAGGCUGCCCGAUUACCUGUAUAAGGUCAAUAGCGCGCUAUCGAUUGUCUACCUAAAUGAUGGUGGCCUUCUCGGUCUGCAGAAAACACAAACCUCAGGGAGUGAUGAGUACGACCUGCAUCCCGUGCUAUUCAAUGACAACAGCUACUUCCAAAGUUUUACGAGGUUUUUCAGCCACAACGAUAGUGGCCGAGAAAAUGUUGUAAGCAGCGUGUCUUAUGGCGAUUACCAUUUACUCACUUUAACUGAGAAUUGCAAAUUGAGAAUCUGGGAUCUGAGAACCAAUUCUGUAACCGCGCAGCUAAAUCUAAUCACAGAUCCCCAGGAUAAACACAGGAAAUACGAAUCUAUUGGUCCCUACUUGGCGUUACUAGAUAGCGUACUGGUUGUCUUUCUUCCCUUUGGCAAUGGUGCUUUCAGAACAUUUCAAUUGUCCGUCAACAACUCUGGAGGCCUUGUGCUAACACCCAGAGGGGAGCUGAUUCGGACAAAUCUUUCCACGGCUUCUAUCUGGUCAUUAGUUGACACGAAGUUGACAAAACCUUUUGAGCUUAAUAUCGAGACCAGCUACCUACAAAUGGUUGUAUUAUGGAAGAGCAACACAAGCAUCAAACUACAGAUUCUGAAUUUUGAAACUGAAGCGUUAGAUAAACACAGUUGGGUUGAAGCCUCAAAUAAAUCGCUACCAGACAUUUUGGAUAAUGAUAUCCUAGGUGACAACUUUGAGCAAUCCUUGUUGGAUCUAAAGGCACACUAUACCCCUGCCAUAUAUGAAGAGGCCCAGAGAAUUUUAAGCGCUAACGGGAUUAUUUUUGUUCCAAGUCAGCAAAAUAACGAUGAGUACUUGUCAAACCUUGAAUCCAUUUUGAAAGACCUUAAGAAGCACCAUGAUGAACCUUCAUCCCUAACUUUAUACAAUGGCGAAGUGGUUAUGGUAAACACACUCUAUCUUUACAACCAUUUUGUCUACAAGAUAAACUCCAAAUUGGAAUCGUUUUACUACAACCUAACAUCAGAGAAUGAAGCGACCCAGGACGACCUGCUCACAUACCUGCAGGUUGUCAACGGGUUUGUCUCGACUCUCUCUUCAGAAACUCUGCAACGGACUUCUAGAAAACUAUGCGGACUUGUCACUGGCGAACUGCAAGGCAAUAUGCCAUUGAAGGAUAAGUUCACUGCGAUAUUCAAAGAAUGUUUGGAGUCUCAAUUUCAGGUUUCAAACCUCAAGAAAUUAUAUGACCGGUUAACGUCAUUGGAUAUCAUGACUUUACUGAAAAGCUUCAUCGAAAAUCAUCUGCAAAAUUCAUUAUUAACACCAACGCUGAUAGACUCUAUGUCGUUUGAUAAUUUCUCGAGUGUUGCACUUCUGGAGUCUGUCUACCAAUGCGUGCUAAUCGAGAACAAAUUUAUUGUUGAUACUUUGCUUAUCUUCACACUCAUGGAUUUCAAUUAUUCUAUGUUUGAAAAACAACUCAAUUUCCUGCUCAAAACACACUACAAUCAAUCUCUCUGGCUUCAGCUCUACAGGCUAGAUAAGUCCCUGCUGAUCUCCGAAAUUUUUGUCGCAACGAGCAAGUAUGGCUAUGGACCCAAGAUUUCCAGCUAUGCCGACCUCUCCGCUGCCACAAAACGUAUCGUCACUUACAUUGCAGAGGCGCCAUUGUUGGAGAAUCCCUUUUUGAUCGCCCCAUACAACAAAUGGAUAAUCCACCCCAAGAACAAUUCCACUGUGAGGAAUCCAUCCUUCUUUUUAGACACCAUACACACGCAGUUCUAUGUUCGUGAAAACACGGUGCAUCAGUUUAUGCUGGGCCUUUCCUAUUAUCGCUGUGGACGUUACGAAGAAGCUUACAGUUACUUGUCGAGGGCAGAAACCGCAGCUAUCAAGCCCAAGCAGCUACCGCUAUGCCUGCAGCUCAUAACCAAGGCAGCAAACCACCCAUGGCAGAGUAUCAUAUCCGAUCUCGGUGUUGAACCCCAGGCUGCGGGCUAUUACUAUAACCUUUCGAAGUUAUUCAGCAAUGUGAUGAGCUACUCGUAUGCAUUGCAGAGCAUUAAAAAAUCGAUAGCGCUCUCCCAGGAAGUUUCUCCUUCGACUGAAUUCCGUAUACUUCAAUUGACGCAGUUUAUGGAUACACUGAUCAUCUUUGAUGAAUUCGAGGAGGUGCUCGAUGUUCUGACGCUAGAGCAGGAGACCCUAGGCAGAGAUAUAAGGACCUCAUACUAUGAGCGGCUGCUCUCCGACCAACAGUUGAGAGACAGGUUCAUCACGACUUUGUUCCGUCUAUGCUCGACCAGCUGUGAGAAGCUUUACCUAAAUUUGGAUGACUUCUUAAUCAUCGACUCUCUGCUUCGGUCACAACUGGAUGCUAGCAUGUGGGACACAUACAAGCGUCUAUUCUGCUACAGAAUUCUAAACCACCACGAGCGCGAGGCUGCGGAAGUCCUAUAUGAGUACAUCGGGCGUGGCAACGAUCCCAUCGUCAAGGAAAAGUGUUACUGGAUGAUAGUCAACGUGCUAGCCAGUCUUUCCCCCCAGGAUCAAUGGAUAAUUAACUCAAGUAACCGCGGUCAGGUCGUGUACUUGGCGGACAUCCGGAAAGACUUACAAGCGCUGACAGCUUGA